UAUACAGCGUAUUCAUCACAUCUUCAGAACCACCACGACCACUAUAGGAUGGCAAAUCCCAAACAUCUGACCAAUCCCCUUAAAAUACCCUCGAUUGCCAAAGUAGGACAACCAUUGCCAGGUAUGGUGCCUUCCAUCUCUCUGCCUGAAAUAGAUCAACCACAUGAAAGAGGGGAACGCCUUAUUGGGAUGAGGAAGAAGGUGAAGAACCCGACACUUCGGAGCAUCAUUGAAGCUCCAAACCCAAGUGUCAUGGAGGAGGAGAAAAUAGAUAGAGAGAGAUUCCUUGCAACUCAAAGGUCUUGGGAUGGAGAUACGAGGCCGCAUACACCUGUAUUGCCUAAUAGACUGCCUGAUUGCAAGAGAGAUGUUUGGACUUGGAGGACCUUAAAGGGGGGCAAGGAAGACAAAGAGGAUGAUGAAGACCUAAUGGAAUGGUGGCGCUCAGUUCAACCAUGGGGAGCACCUCCUAGUGAUCACCAGCUUUCACAGGAAACAGCACGAAAAGCGUACACAGAGAAAGCUCAACGUGUGAAAAAAGCACUUCUCCUUUAUGAUUAUCUCCUUUCUGAUCGUGGAAAUGCUCUUUAUGACCUCAUAACUGCACUGAUAGACGUGGCCAAAAACCUGGACAAAGUUUAUAAAAGGGCAAAGAUAGCGGGCAUUACUGGGGGUACGGCAGGGGCAGCCGGUGUUGCGGCCGCAGUGGGAGGGGUACUACUUGCCCCCCUGACAAUGGGUGCUUCAUUAGCAGUGGCCGCAGUUGGGGUUGGUGUAGCGACUGCUGGAGGAAUCACAGGAGCUUCUGCUGCCAUCACCAAUAAGGUUCACAACAACAUGGACAGAAAGAGGGUGGAGAAAAUCUUCAGUGACUAUACAACCAAGAUGGAGGAUAUUGAGAGUUGUGUGCAGUUUAUCAGCACAGGCAUGGAACACCUGUUGCGUCAUAAGUUGCAAGGGGUGGAACGGGAACUGGAGAAGGUGCCUGGAGUGGACCCAGUGGUUUGGGUGAACGCUGGAACAAUCAGUGCAAUCAACAAGUCCUCAGGGCUCAUCCAAGGCUUUGCCCUGGGCAUUGAUAUGUACUUCACCAAAGACGACACCCAGAAGCUGAAGAAAGGUUCAGAAACUAAAUUUGCCAAGCAAAUCCGUGAGGUGGCUCAUCAGAUGGAAACCACCCUUAAUGAGCUAAUGAAGGUUAAGGAUAAGCUGGCAUCGGCAAAAAAAAAGAACAUCAUAUGAGUAGUUAAUGUUUGCAUUAUUCUGAAAGAGUCUUGAAUUACCCU